AUGCAAGUCUUUGAUUAGUCGCACAAUCGCUCCUGGCAUACCAUCGCUCGCGCCGCUGCAGGCGACGGCCAGGAGCCUCCACUCCCGGCGAUGGCCGUGCGGUCCCGGCCUCGCCGCUCCGCCGGCCACCUUUACCACCUCCGCCUCCCAAGGCUCCUCUUCCUCCUCCCGCUCGCUCUCCUUCUCAUCCUCUUCCUCGGGCACCUCCCCGCGCUCCUCCGCGGCGCCAACGCACACGGCCGCCGGUGUCUGCCAGACGCCACUGACCACCUCCUCCCCUUCUCCCACCCCUUGCCGGAUCCCCGCCUCAGCAUCGCCAUCGUCACCCUCGCCGACGAGGACGCCGGCAGGCCGGGCGGACGGCGGUCCUUCCGCGGCGUGCUGGCGGCGUCCGCGCGGAACAAGCGCGCCUACGCGGAGGCGCACGGGUAUGGCCUCGUCGUGCUCCCCGCGUCCGCCGUCGACCCCAGCCGCCCGCCCAGCUGGAGCAAGGUCCUCGCGCUGCGUUCCCACCUCCGCCACCACCACUGGCUCUUCUGGAACGACGCGGACACACUGGUUACUAACCCAGAAAUCCCACUGGAGAGGAUUUUAUCCUCAGUGAUCGGAUACAAUGAUUUUGACAAGUCACCUGAUCUUGUUCUAACAGAGGAUUUUGGUGGUGUGAAUGCUGGAGUUUUCUUUUUAAGGAGGUCAAAAUGGAGUGAGAAGUUUUUGGAUACCUGGUGGAACCAGACAUCGUUUAUACAGUUCGGUUCCACGAGAAGUGGAGAUAAUGCAGCACUCAAGCAUCUCAUAGAUCACUUAUCAGCUGAAGAAAUGCAAGAGCAUGUUCGGAUAGCAAAAAUGCAGUGCCUCUUCAAUUCCUAUCCAUGGACCCUUACAUUGAAAUCGGUGCGCCGCCUGAUCUUCCACCUGCCCACUACAUGGAAAGGGGUUUAUUCCGAUGGAGACUUUAUGGUUCAUUUUGCUGGUCUGGAUGACAAGCAAGGUUGGACGAAUAAGAUUCUUAGAGAGAGAGGAAAUUGAAGAUGAGCUGAUUUAAAUUCAGUUAUAGUCUAAGGAGCAAUCAGAAGAUUAUGCAAAGGCCCUGAUUUAUCUGAUCUAUUCAGUGGUAUACUUAUAGACAGUACAGCAUGUCAGGAUGCCAUUGUCAAUAGUCAAAACUGUGGCAUCUGGAAGGUCUAACCGGGCAACCAGAAGUUUGUGUGAAGGCCUUGACUGACAUGGUAUUUCGUGUUGUACACACCAGGGCAUCAGGAUGCUGCUGUCAAAAGUCACAAUCCUGCCAUGUACACGAUCUACACAGGGUUCGUUCACUUCCUGUUGCUAGUGUUAAACCGUUAUUACCCAAACACAACAGAAGCUGCAUAUCAUUGGCAGCCCUGGAGGAAUAAUCAACAUUAGCAUCUGCAUAACAGAACUAUCUAGGCAACAGACUGGGUUUUGUGUAAUAGGCUAGGACACUCCCAUGCUGUACAUGGUUUCAUGCUAAUAAUUGUCAUUAUUGAUUGGUCUACAAGCAGUAUCGAUCAGUGACAAGCAUAUGUUGUAUGUCCAAAACAUUAACAGCUAUUAAAUCACAAUACUCCCAUCUAAUA